AUGAAAACGAUUGUUGGUGAAAAGGAUACAGAUAGUAAUAUAAGAUAUAAUAGUAUUGAAUCUGCCAAUUGGUUAAUUAGAUUAUAUGGUAGAGAAGGUGAUUAUAAUACAACAGAGUCAAUAUGUAACUCGACCUUAUUCGUUUGUGAACAAACAACAAAUCAAGAAUAUCAUAUCACUCAAGUAAUUGCACUAAAUUGGUUACUCUGA